AUGGAGGCGGAUUUCGCCGCCUUCGGGAGCCCGCUGUGCGGCGAGGUCAAGCGCUUCUGCAGGCGGGUGCGGGAGACCUACCGGGAGAUCAAGGAGGACCUCACCCCCUACAAGGAUGACCGGUACUACCGGCUGGCACCGAUGCGAUUAUAUACACUGUCCAAACGGCAUUUUGUUCUGGUCUUUGUAGUAUUCUUUGUUUGUUUUGGUCUGACAGUCUUCAUAGGAAUAGCAGGUCCUAAUGUAAUUGAAACUUCUGUAGCAAGAACCGACUUAAAUAACAGCCUAAAGGUAAGACCAUUUAAUUUAAGUUCGCCACCACUGUCUACUUACAAUCAGCAGCUGUGGCUGACCUGCGUAGUUGAGUUGGAUCAGCAUGAUGUAUCCCUCAAAAAGAAUGUUACUAUGAUAGUCAAAGUACUUGGGGUGGUGAAGGAUGGAAGCACACCAUAUGUUAAUAAUCAAGUUCACAAUCGGACGAGAUUACUCAGUUGCGCACAAAAAUGCAGUGAAAUCAUUGUUGCUCACCUUGGCUACCUGAACUACACUCAGUACAACAUAUUUGUUAGCUUUGAAGAUCUAUAUAAGUUAACGUACACCAUCCAGAAUAUUACUUUCACAUGGAAGACCUACAAUCCAACUUUUUCACAAGUGGAAAUAUGGUUCCGAUUUGUCUUUGUAGUUCUUACUUUUAUGGUCACGUGUCUGUUUGCACAUUCCCUGCGGAAAUUCUCCAUGAGAGACUGGGGUAUUGAACAGAAAUGGAUGUCCAUCCUCCUUCCCCUCCUGCUACUUUAUAAUGAUCCAUUUUUCCCCCUUUCUUUUCUGGUGAACAGCUGGUUUCCUGGAAUGCUGGAUGAUCUAUUCCAGUCGCUGUUUCUGUGUGCAUUGUUGUUGUUCUGGCUUUGCGUCUAUCAUGGCAUAAGAGUACAGGGGGAAAGGAAGUGCUUAACUUUCUAUCUGCCCAAAUUCUUUAUUGUUGGACUAUUGUGGCUGGCCUCCGUUACAUUGGGAAUAUGGCAAACUGUUAAUGAAGUACAUGAUCCUACAUAUCAAUACAGGGUUGACACAGGUAAUUUCCAGGGAAUGAAAAUCUUCUUCCUUGUGGUGGCAACCACAUACAUUCUCUACCUUUUGUUCCUGAUAGUGAGGGCAUGCUCAGAACUUCGUAACAUGCCCUAUGUUGAUCUCAGGUUAAAAUUCUUGACUGCAUUAACCUUUGUAGUGCUUGUUAUUAGCAUUGUUAUACUCUACCUACGCUUUGGAGCACAAGUUCUACAGGACAACUUUGUUGCUGAGCUGUCGACUCACUAUCAGAAUUCAGCAGAAUUCUUAUCAUUUUAUGGUUUAUUGAACUUUUAUCUCUACACAUUAGCCUUCGUGUAUUCCCCGUCAAAGAAUGCGCUAUACGAAUCACAGUUGAAAGACAAUCCCGCUUUUUCUAUGCUGAAUGAUUCAGAUGAUGAUGUGAUUUAUGGGAGUGACUAUGAAGAAAUGCCACUUCAGAACGGCCAAGCUAUUAGAGCCAAGUAUAAAGAGGAAUCGGACAGUGAUUGAUUGAUUUUGAUGUAGACAGACUUGUUCGGCUGGAAUUAAAUAAAUUUUGAAGUUUUCCUAGAUGGACAACUUCCUUGGCUUCCUUACAGUCUGCUGUCAUCUGAACACCGACUCCCAGGAAGGACAUCCUGCUUCUGUUUCUGUUUACAAAGUUAAAACUGAAAAAAAGAAUGCUUGAAAAGGUUGUGGUGAAAACUUAAGAAACCAAAAUUUUUACACAUCUUAUAAAAUGCCUGAUAGCAGAAUGUCUGUGGACUAAAAUCUUUAAGUCUAUUUCCAUUUAGAAGUGUCACUGAUUAUAUGCUGAUUUUAAAAUUGCUUCCUUGCUGCUUGGUUUUUUUGGGGUUGGGUUUUUUUUUUUUUUGAGGAUUAUGUACAGCAUACUGUCAUUCAUCUGUUGCAUUUGUGUUAGCUCCUUUGUAUAUUGUCCACUGCUGUACGAAGUGCCUCAUUUCCCUUUCAAUUUUCUACCUUAGUCUUUUGAGCUGGAGGCAGGGAAUGAAGUGUUUUAGGGUUUUCUCCUUUUUUUUUUUUUUAAUGCAAGAAAAUACAAGCUUUCCAUUCUUCCCUUGAAGAAACGAUAUAGACUUAAGACCAUUUUUUAAACUCAUUGAAAUGAGUUUACCAGAUUUGUAAGUGCGAGAUACGUGCAAAUAGUCAAGUUCUAGUGAGCCAAAAUAGUCUCAGUGGUGCAAAAUUAUUUGUAUAUGUUUCAUAACAUGCUUUACUACCACAACAGGAGUGUUUGUUUUGGUUUUUGUUUUGUUUUUUAAACAGCCCUUUCAAAUGGAAAUAUUUAGGCAGCAACAAAUCUCAGAAGGAAGCCAGUACUCUUCUUUCUGGGUUUUUUGUGUGCUGGAGGAGAUUUUUACACUUACAGAGAAUAGAGUAUGAAAGUUUCAUAGAGAAUUACAAUUUCAAAUUUCCAAACAUUUCAUUUUUAGAGGCUUUUUCUACAUCAGAAUUUUUCCUUAAAUUGUGUUAAUAGAUAGUUAAUCUACAUCCUAGGAACAGUUGUGGUUGCUCAUGUAUUGAACGUGCAUGAGAGUUAGCUUUUGAGCACGUUCUGUGCAUAGUUCAACUUCUUUGUCAUACCACAGUCGCCACCUGUACUGAUCGGAACUUUUACUAGCACAUUUUGUGAUUAUCUGUAUGCCAGUCUGUGCUGGAACAGAGUUACAUGGGAAUUAAGUACUCCUAGUACAAUGCUGCUGCUCCUCUAUUUAAAAGUUGGUUUUCUCCUACACCAUUGUUCAGUUCUUUAAGAGGAUGCUGUUUGUUUCUAACUACUUUUGUUUUCAGGUACUUGGCCUGUCUGAAAGUAUCUUUUUUCAUGGAUUCGUAACUGUGAUCUACUCUUGUAAAAUUUCUCUGCCCUGCUGCUGUAGAAGACUCUCAAAAGCACUGUUAAUGUAUUAGACAGAAAAUGGUGCUGGCUUACACUAGGGAAUUGUGCUCAUCAUUGAAGUAGUUCAAGCAGAAGAGUGCAAUGAAGUCCUACUAGACUUGCUGAAUCAUAUUGGGGAAAAAGUAGAUUUGUUCUGCUUUGAUGCAGCAACUGUUCUAGACCAUUCCCAUUGCAAUAACCUCCUGGUAGGUGUUCAGGAUGAUCAAGGGGAGACUUCACAGGAUAGCAAUUUGCAGAGAGAGGACCAAAGGAACUGCUUCAUGUGCUUGCAUCCUUGCUAUCAUAGAGUAGUUCAGAUUAAAUCAGUGCUCCGCUCUGUGUGUGAGAGAGAGAGAAAACUUUCUAAAAUUAUGUAGAGCUGUGAAAUUUUUUGAGGGUAUUUGAAAUUUAAAACUUUCUGUACCAGGGAUCAUUUAUUUGUUAGAAGCCAAAGCACUAUUGUAUGGCUAAAGCAAGGAAACUGCUGGGGAGGAGGAGAAGGUUUUUCCCUUUAAUUUCUUAAUUAAUUGGUGUCAGUUUAGAUGAACAUAUAAGAAAACAUUAAAGAAUUGUUUCAAGUUAGUGGUGGGGUUUUUUUCCGGUGAACUGUAGUAAGCUGUACCUUCAGCACUUCCUUUUAGACUUUUUUUUUAACAAGUACGGGAGAUGAUCUUUUUGUCCUAAAAGUGGAGCGCCCAUUCUCAUUUUUACUAUUCCCCAGAUGACUCUCUUGAGGCUUACAGCUGUUUGAAUUUGCAGAGUCAGACUUGGGAGCCAACUAGGCAUCCUUUGCAUACCCCAGAUCCUUUUGACUUCCAUUGGAGUAACAGUGGAUACAGGAAUUAGGUCUUCAAAAAUUAAUAUUUACAUGAUGCUUACAUAUUCAGAUCUUUUUGGCUCUGAUAUUGUUUAAUUCUGCUCUAAAUUGUUCUGAAGAGAUAAAAUGUUUGAUUUGCCCAACGUGCAAAGUAUUCUGAUGUUUCUUAACCUAUUUCACUUGCCAUCUUGUUUGCAUUAUCUUUUCUACAUCACUACAUUCAAAGUGGAAAUAGGAAAGCUGAGAAUGGGAAAUGUGUACUCACUAUGAAAAUAGUGAGAAAAUAGUUUCCUUGUUAAUUUUUAGAGAUUGUAUUUAAGCAAUGUUUGCCAUGCAACAUAGCUUUGUAUUUUGGAAGUGCUAGAGUGUAAUGGUAAGCUUGGUUGAAGCAGUGUCGCAUCAAAUUCAAUAUACAAUAAAAAGGCAAAAGCAGUGAAGCAGAUGAGGAAAUAGUUUUGCUAGCAAGAAAUCUCAAUUUCACUCCUCUUAUUUCCACAAUUGGAAAGCAGAGACAGUAUUUGAGGAAUAUUACAAUAUGGAUUGUAAACAGCUUGGGAGUAGGUGGCAUAAAUUCACCUCUGAGUAAAGUAUUGUAACCUAAGGGUGAAACAGAAGAUGUCUGGAUCAGAAACUAGCCUGGCUUUCCUUUCAUUACUGCUGAAGUAAUGAAGUAUUAUUUCCAUCACUAGUGGAACUGUAUAAAAUGAGAAAAGUAUACAAAAAGGCCCCACAGCAUACAGUGUUCCUGCUCUAAAGGAGACGCCAUCUAUUAAAUAACUGCAAGACUUCCAUGUACACAAUGGUCAAGAGGGACUUUUAAGAAGUCAAUAAUCAUUGAGUGUGAGCCAUUCAUGGCAACCAUAUUCUGUAGUAUUUGCUUUAAAAAUACAGUUGAUGUUGGAAUUGGUUGGAAACUUUCCUAGGACUGGCAAAGAAGAGGAAGCUUAACACCAACCAGUAAGGAACAGCUAGUGCAACAGACCCGUGGCACUAAUACUGAGGAAAAUGGGAGGAUGGUUCCAGCUAGGAAAGACUUUGAUCUGUUGUCUUUCUCUGAGCCAAAAGACACCUUUGUAUCCAUAGUCACCUAAUAUUUUCCCCCUUUUCCUUUUGCUUAUGCUGUUAACAACCUUUGCAUUACUGUAAAACUUUUUUUAGAAGUUUGUAAAUAUGUAAAAUGAAAAUAUGGAAAAAUUGUGUACCAAAAUGGUAUAAAAAUGUGUAAGAUAAAUGCUCUGUUUAAUGAGAAGCUGUAAUUAAACGCUGCUUUGAGAAAGUGUGCAUGAGGACAUGUGUUAAAUAUUCUACGUAUCUAGUUGUGUUAAUGACAGCAAAUUAUCCAUUUAUGUCAGAAAACUUCAUGCUAAUAUGGAAUAUGAAGGAAAAACUAGUAUUUUACUUCAAGCAAAAGUUGGGUAUUGAGUUUCUUGGAAGACUUCAUGCGCAUAAUCAUUGUUAAAUAUGUUCAUAAUAAAGUUUUAUAUCUUUA